AUGAAGUUGAUUACACCUGAGAUUCAAAAAGAUAUAGCAAAUUGUGCUGCAUGUGAAACUACCAAUGCCAUCAUUGAAGAUAUUGAAAAUCAGUUCUUUGCGAUUUUAGUUGAUGAGUCUCGUGAUGUAUCAACUAAAGAACAAAUGGCAGUUGUUUUACGAUAUGUGGACAAAAGAGGGAUCAUUACAGAAAGGUUUCUUGGUCUCAUACAUGUUGCGGAUACUACUGUUUUAUCACUUAAGGCAGCAAUUGAAUCCAUGUUUUCUAAACUUGGUUUAAGUUUAUCAAGAAUACGUGGUCAAGGUUACGAUGGAACUAGUAAUAUGCAAGCUGUUGCAAAAAAUCACAUUGAUAUUGCUUCGCUUUUCAAUUUGGUUAGUAAUGUAUUGAAUGUUGUUGGAGCUUCUUGUAAGCGUCAAGAUUUGCUUAGAGAGACACAAGCUGCUAAAGUUGCAGAAUCAUUAAGCAAUGAUGAGAUUCAAAGUGGGCAAGGGAUGAAUAAAGAAAUUGGUCUUAAGCGGGCUGGUGACACGCGUUGGGGAUCACAUUGUGGAACACUUCUAAACUUGAUUGCCUUGUUUGCUUCAGUGAUACGUGUUCUUGAAGUUGUUGAAGAGGAUGGCUCAUACUCGGAGCAAAGAGCUGAUGCUCGUACUUUUAUAUGUGCAUUGGAAUCCUUUGAUUGUUCCUUUAAUCUACACCUGAUGAAAAAUGUCUUGUCAAUCACAAAUGAAUUAUCUCAAGCUUUGCAAAGGAAGGAUCAUGACAUUGUAAAUGCUAUGUCACUAGUCAAAGUGUGCAAGCAACGAUUGCAAACAAUGCAAGAUGAAGGAUGGGAAUCUCUAUUAACUGAGAUUUCCUUAUUUUGCAAAAAGCGUGAUAUCCCUAUUUCUAAUAUGCAUGAUAUAUGCAUACUACCAAGGAGAUCGCGACGUAGGGCCCCACAAAUUACAAAUUUACACCAUUAUUGCAUUGAGCUAUUCUAUACAGUUUUAGAUAUGCAACUUCAAGAGCUAAACAGUCGUUUUGCUUAG